GCCUCUCUGACUCUGGUUAGCACGCGGGAGAUCCCGUCACGGCAACUCCCGACAUUAGGACAUGAGACAACAUCCCGCGCAGAUCGAGGACAGACGCCCUGUGAAUGAGCAACGAGCUCUUCGAUUGCGUGAGACUGCCUCGUCAAUCCUUGGAUUUGAAAUUUGUCGAUAGUUCUCGAGACGUCCGGUGAGAAGCUGCCACUGCUUCGGAAUUCCCUUCCGAGGUUAUAUUUUCUCUUCCUGAAGUGCGCUGCAGAUCAAGGCAUGGAGAUCGAUGUAGCCAGCAAGUCUUCGGAGAAGCCAACGGUGGUGCAAGUCAAGAGGAAGCGUAAUGAUGAGCCCAUCGAAUCUCUUUGGUUAGAGGUGACUACCAGGCCCAGUAAGCGCCAUACACCUGGCAUCAGCGAUUUGUCUUUGGAUUCUACUGCUGAUCCCCCAGAUGGCUCGGCACCAACGAAAUUGCUCUUUCGACGAGUUGAAAGUUUGAGUUCUUCUGGAGUCAAAGAACUUUCGCUGCCUCAACUACUUGAGAAGGUGAAAGAAAGAAAACGACCACGGGAGGCGGGUGACAACAGGCAAACGAAGAAAACCAAGGACCAGGAUAUUACGAGGACUGCUCGAUUUGAACAAGUACGAAAAAGUCGAAGACGAAAGGAAAAUUCUGAACACGAUGACAGUUCAGGACGAGAGCUUUUCCACUUAUAUGAAGUUGUGCGUGUGGAUGUUGAAGCGGAGAGUGCAGAAAAGGCUGCAAGGCGCGAGAAAGCAAAGAGGCAAUUUAUUCUGCCCAGGGAGGCAGAACUGACAGAAGGUCAGUUGCUCUGUAAUUAUCUGCCGCUUUUGAGAGAGCACCUUCCGGAUCUUGCUUUUGAGAUCGACGCAGCUGCAUCUGCUUCAACGUCCACCACAGCCGAUGUACCUGUAGAAGAAUAUGUGUAUGAUGUUUAUACGCUUGACGAAGACAUGGAGGACGCUGAAAGACUCGAAGCUUCUAUUCCAACAAUUCAAGUGCUUGAUCAUCAGGAUUAUGAUUGGCGGGACUUGAAUGAUUCGGAUUACGAUAGCGAAGAUUCUAACGACGAGAAUAAUCCCAAUAAUGACUAUCCAGAAGAAGAGGAUGAGCUUUCCGGUGAUGGCUUCCUUAGCGAUAGCAGCGGUUUUGACCUUGCUGAAGUCGAUCCUUAUACCCAAGGGUCUGAAGAAUACGAUACUGUACUUUCUGAUGACGAACGUAGUAUAUGGAAACCCCGGAAGUGACAAGUAGAACAUAUUACAUUGAUUAGUUGAGUUCACGUUUCUUAGCAGGAACAUUUACAAUAAUGCACUUGCAGCCGUUAAGGUGAUCCAUGGUAGUUGAUCGAAAUUCAGUGGCGACGUGAUAUGUCUGGAUUUGACUUAGGAACCGUGUGUAAAUACUUUCAUUCAAAAUUAAAGUUAAGGAAUACAUGAGGAUUAUGCACUGUUCGGUGCUCAGAUCAUGAGGUUU